AUUUCAGUGGAAGCGCUGUUCAGUUUCAAAAAAUGACGGAUCCUCACGUCCAGAUAAAAAAGAUUUGGAACAACAUGGAUGAGCAGACAGCUCUAGUUCUGGCAUUACAGCUGAUAGCUUUAUUUUCAAUAGCGGGUGCGCUACUUCUUUACCUACUGUGCAAGAUCCGGAACAACUCCAGCCUGGAGUCCGGUGAGAAUAUGGUCUGCGGUGGAAAACCUAUACUGGUGACAUCGUGUGACAAUGCCUUAGGUUUACAGAUUGCAAUGCACUUCGCGAACCGGGGGUUCCGCGUGUUUGCGGGGUUGAAAGAGGGUGCAUCUUCUGGAUCACCCCAUGAUAGUGCGUCCGCCAGAGUCAUAAGAGCAUGGCAGAAGCAUAGAGAGAGUCUUUCGGUGCCAUUACAAGGAUCAUUGAUCGCCCUUCCCUUAGAUGUUACUAGGGAAGAUAUAUCUCACGAAGCCGUCGAUAUUAUAAGAGCUCACCUUCCGGCCGGCGAGGAUGGAAUAUGGGCAGUAAUCAACACUAGUGGGAUCUCAUAUCGGGGAAGGUUUGAUCAGCAAGAUGUGACAUACUGGGACGCCAUGCUAAAAACGAAUGUAAUUGGCGUUCUAAGAACAGCAAGGAUAUUUCAAAGCUUGUUGCGUAAGACAAGCGGUCGUAUUAUUAAUAUAGGUUCAACAAAUGGUGAAGAAUCUGGACUAGUCGCCUACACGGCAACUAAGUACGCUAUACAGGGCGCUAGCAACGCGCUCCGCCAAGAGUUCUCACCUUUAGGUAUUAAGGUCAUUACAAUCGAUCCACGUGGUAUUUUACCAGAGUUAAUGUAUUCGAUGCCUAAAAUAAGAAGCAAGGAAGACAAUGAAGUAGCCUUAAACAUAAGCGGCGUUUUAGACUAUCAACCUCUUAUACUCACCUCUAAAGCUCUCGAAAUUAUAGACGUAGCGGUUUCAUCAGCCGAGCCUAAACAGACCUACACACUAAUGCAGAGGCCAUACUGGUGCAAACCAUUAAGAUUAAUACACGUGUAAUAAUAAUGUUAUUUGUAAGUGUUUCUUGUAGAUCUUAUGCAGUAAAAGCAUUGUUGCAUUUA